CUAGUUUCUCAGACACCUAUCAGAUUCGGUGUUUCCACUAUUAGCUUCCGGGACGCCGCUGUCAUGAAAAAAAAUGGCUUCUCUUGACAGGGUAAAAGUGUUAGUUUUAGGAGAUUCAGGGGUGGGCAAGUCUUCUUUGGUCCAUCUGCUGUGUCAGAAUCAGGUGUUAGGAAAUCCAUCCUGGACCGUCGGCUGCUCUGUGGAUGUACGGGUCCAAGACUAUAAGGAGGGAACCCCGGAGGAGAAGACCUACUACAUUGAACUCUGGGAUGUGGGAGGAUCUCUUGGCAGUGCCAGCAGUAUCAAAAGCACCCGAGCUGUGUUUUACAAUUCAGUUAAUGGAAUUAUGCUGGUACAUGAUUUGACAAAUAAGAAAUCGUCUCAGAAUCUCUACCGCUGGUCUCUAGAAGCUUUAAGCAAGGAUUCUUCUCCAACAAGAGUUAUCGUCUCAAACGGUGACUAUGACAGAGAGCAGUUUGCUGAGAACUCGGUGCCGUUGUUGCUGAUUGGCACCAAGUUUGACCAGAUCGCAGAGACCAAACGCACUGAAGUUCUCACACGGACGGCCUUCCUGUCUGAGGACUUCAAUGCAGAGGAGAUAAAUCUCGACUGCACCAACCCAAGAUACCUUGCUGCAGGCACAUCCAACGCAGUGAAGCUUAGCAGGUUCUUUGACAAGGUAAUAGAGAAGAGAUAUUUCACAAGAGACCCGAGUCCGAUGAUCGGUUUUGCAGACAGGAAGCGGUUCAACUUCAAAAGUUUGCACUAUGACUGAGAACAGCUGUGGUCUGUGGUGCGUUUCGGCAGUAAUGCCUCUGAACAACACCAACAACAGCAAACCAUCACGUCUCUUCUAUCCUCUGUUAUAUCCUUGAUAAUGAUUUAUUAAUAUUAUGAAUAAUUAAUAGAAUGAUAAAAAUACUUAUGUAAAUAGUUUAGAAUGUGCCGAAGCAACAUUGCAAAAGGCAGCUAAGCACACAAAUGAAGAAACUUGCUGUAUAGUCAAAUGAUUUAAAAGGUAAUGGGCACAUGUUCUCAGUGUAAAAAAAAAAAGUUUUUCAUUAUAUAUAUUUUUUUUCAUACUGUCGGUUGAUUUUCUCUUCACAUGCCAAACAUUCCGUUUUACCAGCUUCACGAUUUUCCUUUUUUUUUUUUUUCAAAACCAACACAAUGUUUACAGAAUAAGCAAGUGAGGAAAGGACAACAUUCAACAGUGACUCAGCGACAUUCAUCAAUUCAUAACUUUCUUAAUCCAGGGAAGAAAGGAACUGACUUUGAUGAAGACGUGUGGAUAUUUGGGAUUGUUGCAAUCACCUUUCACGGUAAAAGCUGUCAAACCCUGUAGCACUUUGUUGCAGAUCAGUGGUCCCCCAGAAUCGCCCUAAGAAAAAAAACGACAGUCGAUGAAAUAUAAUGCAAGAUUCUACUUGUUUUGGAUUAAAAAUAUAUAAUAGUUUUCAUUCUUA